GCCAGAGGAGGUGUGCUGGAUGGGGACCAGAGUCGGGGCCUGAUGGCAGGAGCCCGGGACACAGGGAGCUCUGGUCGCGUCCUCUAGAAGCCGCUACAGGCGCUACAGUUCACGCGGAGACACUGAAAAAGGUCGUGUGCCCAUGAGGUCGUCCAUGCUGGUCCUGAUCCUCCUCUUCAGUGCCGUUGCCGCACAGCAGCGACCGGGUCCAGGGCACAACCCGGACUCCAAAUCCGUCCCCGCGGUGGACCCCGAACUCUUCACCAGGCGCCGCCACCUCUCUCCACGGGUGCUCUUCAGUGCUCGGCCGCCUGACGCCGAGCCGGCCGUGUCGCAGGGCGGCGGCGGCGGCGGCGGCGGCGACAGGAAACGACGGCGAGCCAGGCAGCCCCAGCACCGUGGAGUCUACUCGGUGUGCGAGAGCAUUAGCGUCUGGGUGGGCAACAAGACCAAAGCCACGGACAUCUCGGGCCACGAGGUCACGGUGCUGCCGGACGUCAACAUCAACAAUGUCAACAAGAAGCAGUACUUCUUCGAGACCACGUGCCACAGCGCGCACACGGGCAGCUCCGGCUGUCUGGGCAUCGACGCCCGCCACUGGAACUCCUACUGCACCAACUCGCACACGUUCGUGCGCGCGCUGACCUCGUUCAAGAACCUGGUGGCGUGGAGGCUCAUACGCAUCAACGUGGCCUGCGUGUGCGUGCUGAGCCGCAAGUCGUGGCGGCAGUGAACGCGUUCAAUCACACCCACGAGAGC